AUGGGCACCACUCAAAUCAAUACGUCAAGUGCCCCACUCGUUAACGGUAUCAUCAGCGCUGACCUCAAGACACACAGACCCCGGGUGAUGUCCAAAAGUGGUCACAGCAAUGUGAGGAUUGACAAAGUAGAUGGUAUAUACCUGCUUUACCUUCAAGAUUUGUGGACAACGGUUAUAGACAUGAAAUGGAGAUACAAACUUACCCUGUUUGCUGCUACUUUUGUGAUGACCUGGUUCCUCUUUGGAGUUAUCUAUUAUGCCAUUGCAUUUCUUCAUGGAGAUUUAGAAAGGGAUCAUUUCCCCCCCAAACAUAUGCCUUGUGUCAAGGAAGUAAAUUCACUAACUGGGGCAUUUCUCUUUUCUUUGGAGUCACAGACAACUAUUGGUUAUGGCUUUCGUUUCAUCACAGAGGAGUGCCCUCAUGCCAUAUUCCUCCUGGUUGCUCAGCUGGUCAUCACAACCUUGAUUGAAAUCUUUAUCACUGGUACCUUCUUGGCCAAAAUUGCAAGACCCAAAAAACGGGCUGAGACUAUUAAGUUCAGUCAUUGUGCUGUAAUUACCAAACACAACGGAGAGCUUUGCCUUGUGAUCAGAGUGGCAAAUAUGAGGAAGAGUCUUCUGAUUCAGUGUCAGCUAUCUGGGAAACUUCUUCAAACCUAUGAAACCAAAGAAGGGGAGAGGAUCCUGCUCAACCAAGCCAGUGUCAAAUUCCAUGUUGACUCCUCUUCAGAAAGUCCUUUUCUGAUUUUACCUUUAACCUUUUACCAUUUAUUGGAUGAGAGUAGCCCUUUAAGAGAUCUCACACCCCAAAACCUAAAAGAAAAGGAUUUUGAACUGGUUGUCCUCUUGAAUGCCACAGUAGAAUCCACUAGUGCCGUCUGCCAAAGCAGAACUUCUUAUAUACCAGAGGAGAUCCACUGGGGUUAUGAGUUUGUGCCUGUGGUUUCUCUCUCUCAAAAUGGAAAAUAUGUUGCUGAUUUUAGUCAGUUUGAGCAAAUCAGAAGAAGUGUAGACUCUACUUUUUAUAGCAUGGACUCUGAAAAACAGAAACUAGAAGAGAGAUACAGACAGGAAGAUGAAAGAGAGAGAGGACUGAGAACAAUAUUGUUACAGCAAAGCAAUGUGUGA